AUGGCACCGAAGCGCAAACUUCCUGCUCGCGAACGCCGAGAACCCGCAGCGAAGCGACGAGUCUCAGAAGCAGCUUCGCAAAGCUCGAGCAGAAGGAAAACAUCAACACCUGCCACUGCAGCUCAGUCUUCAACACCGAUACCUGAACCUGAACGUCAAUCUACUCCAGAACCUAUUGAAGAGCCAUUGCCUACAAAGCUCAAGGAAGGGGACCCUCUCCCGACGAGGUCAAAGCCUCAAUCGUCGCUCACAUUGUCUGACAAUGACUUUCAAUCCAUCGCUGAAAGCGUCGUUUUAAGCAUGUCCCUUGAACGGUCUAAGAAAAAGUGGCUUAGUGACGGCAUUUUCGAAAGGUAUUGGACAAAACCGAAGAAAACGAAGAGAGAACAACUCGAAGGGAAAAAUCCACCCAAGGAUUCGAUGACCAAAGUCGGCCCGUGCAAAAUUAUUAUUGAACCCCAUCAUUUCGAUGGAAUGAUCUAUACAGUGAAAGACCCCAAUGCAAAACCAGCAGUGCAAAUUCCCCCGCCACAACGCAUUGUUCAAUACGGCCCUCCGCCAACAACCGGAUACCAAUAUCAGCAUUACGCCCCUCCUCAGCAAAUGCGACCGCCUCCAUAUCCUUAUAAUCAGCCUCCAAACCCUCAGAAUGCCCCAUCCCAUCCGAGGCCACAGCAGCCACCACCGACCCAGCGCCAACAACCGACGUCGCAGGCGCAGGGACCUCCACCUCAGCCAGCGAAACCGAGUCCAGACCCUGUUAUUCAAAUGCUUGCAACUAGAGCAGCUUCAAAUCCUGAACUGAAGGCCUUGAUGAGGAUUGUGGCAUCAAGCAAGGCCUCUCAGGAACAAUUGCGGAUUUUCCAGGGCCAUAUUGAUGAGCUCAAUGCCAUUAUUCGACAGAGAGAAGAGCAGCAAAGGAGGCAACAACAACAGCAGCAGAACAAUUAUUAUCAACAACCCCAACAAGUACCGCAAUCUCAACAACCUCAGAAUACACAUGCGCCACCCCCGGCGCAGCAAGUGGCUCCAAAACCUCCGCAACAGAAUUCACAGCAACCUCAAAAGUCUCCAGUACCGGCUCCUUCAUCGGCAGCUACCCCUGCGCAGUCCUCGACAUCAGACUUGGCUUCUACACCAGCACCGGCGAACAGCGCUGCAAAAGCACAGUCGCCAACACAGCCGUCACAAGCACCAAUCCCAACCCCAGCCAACAACCCUGGAAAUGCGCAACCACAUACUGCCCCUAGUGCUGGUCAAUCCGGUGUCCCUAAUGCGAGUGACUCUACACCCAAUACUACCCCUCAGAUCAAGACGGAGCCCGGAACGCCUGCAACUCUAGCCCCUGCUCCCGCAGCACCUCCAGCACCUACACCAUCCGCUGUUACACCAGCAAACACAGUUCCAAAGGCUCCGGCUCCCGUGCCUGUGCCGCCGAGUGCAGCCCUUGUUGCAACUGCUCCUUCAUCAGGCCCCUCCUAUGUACCUCAAGCUUCUCCUGUAACAAAUCCCGUUCCCACAAAUCCGUCUCCACAGCCACUUUCACCGUAUCCUGCAGGACCAUCACAAUAUCCACAAUACCACCAUCCUCCUUAUCCGCAUGUGCCACCUCCUAUCAAGGCUCGUAGUGGACCCCAAUAUAGUUCAUCGACUUAUUACCAAACUGGGCCUGCUCCUCCUCCUCCUAAGCCACCCAUCAAGGCAGUGGUGUUCGAGUUUACUUCUCCAUUGACACCUUACGGAAGCAGCACCUCUGGUCAUGCUGGUUCAGGCGAUCGCUACCUAUUCCCAGAAUACUCUAUCUUGGAAUACCAAGCCGGCGGUACGGUGCUUCUUGCUUCGUUCCUGCUUGUGCGCAAAGUGGAACCUAAUACGAAAUUCCCACUUGAGCAGACACCAGACAUCGCACCCAAGUCCAAGAGCAAAUCCUCAAAGUCCAAAAAGAAAGACAAGGAAAAAGCCGCCGAAAAAGGCGGUCCAUCGACACCUGCACCUGAAGUCGACAGUCAAGCAGUAGAUGAAAAGAAAGAAAACAACGCCCCCGGCACCAGCACAGCCGAUGAAAAGAAGCCUGCAGAAGAAGGUGAUAACAAAACACCAUUAGCAGACACGACAGCAGCCGCACAACCCAAAAAGGUAGACGCCGCAACAAAUCUCAAAGAAUACUACCAACCCUUGACAAUGCGCUUCUAUAGUAGCAAACCCGCAAUUUUAGAGCCGCUAUCUCGAAUCGUCAAACCCGCAGCUGAAGUACGAAAAUACAUGGAAGAAGUGAUGGAGCGUGCUGAACGUGCGCCCGCGGGCUUUCUUCCUUUCCGUCUGCCCAGAGAAAAGCCUCUUAAGGCUGGCGGUGGUGAUGCUGAUGAUCAUGACGCCGCCAAUGAGGUUACCGUUAUGGCCGAAGAUGCCAAGUCAAAGACAAGCGAUCGUCAUCAAAGUACUGCUGCCGCUAGUGAAGUUGAUGACAUGGCGGUAGCUGAUGAUGGCAAGGCUGAUUUGGAAGCGGAGGAGUUGGAGCUUUUAUUAAAGGAUUUCUAUGAACCGCCUAAUGGGCUUGUACCUAUACGAGUUUGA